AAUUAGCUGUUGGCUUUUGUAUUCUGAUGUCGGAGCCUGGGAGGAGUCCGUGAAUGCAACUAAACCAGCACAGCCGCUGAGUAGCCAUUUUGGUCCCACCUAAAUCCGACAAACCAGCUUCACUUUGGGUCGCCGGAGAUGGAAGAAACCGAACCGAUAGCGAGUAUAUCACCCACCCCAACCUUUUGAAUCUUUCCAAGAAAUAUCCACAGUUGACACUCGACGCCAUGGGUUAUUUCUAGACAGAGUUUUUUGUAAGUAAAAAAGCCUGGGGCGAUUUUUGGAAGUGGCGACCGACAGCGCCUUAACGUUAGUUUAGUUAGCUUCCCUGACUGAAACCCAAACGGACAGACGGACUCUGACUUCAGGCCACGAACAGUGUCCUCGCCAUGUAAAUACCGAAUGUCAGAUUAUUAUGCUAUUUGUUUCGGUCCAUAACAGUUCAGGUGCUCGGCUGUAACACGUCCGGUUUGGUUUGAGUAACGUUAUUGUCACGAUCCAUGCUGAGACAGUUUCUCCGGAGAGAGCUGCAAGGCAAAGCAAUAAUUUUAUUUUUCGACUAAGAAGGUGUCGGUGGAUUUUGGACAUCAGACUGCGACAGGUUAUAGGAAGGACGAUUCAAAGAUGUCAACAAAAACUCCUUUGCCUACAGUCAACGAGAAGGUUACGGAAAGUCACACGUCUCACACUAAUGGACGUCAGGAGAUUGGCACGCGCUCGGCCCGGACCGGCGUGCGAUCCCGCAGCUCGGAGGAGCCGCAGCAGCCGCACGUCGGCAACUACCGGUUGCUCAAAACCAUCGGCAAGGGCAACUUUGCCAAGGUCAAACUGGCCCGACACAUCCUCACUGGCAGAGAGGUGGCAAUUAAGAUAAUAGACAAGACGCAGCUGAACCCAAACAGCCUUCAGAAGCUCUUCAGAGAAGUUAGAAUAAUGAAGAUCUUGAAUCAUCCUAAUAUAGUCAAACUAUUUGAAGUGAUUGAGACGGAGAGAACGCUCUACCUGGUGAUGGAGUACGCCAGCGGAGGAGAGGUGUUUGACUACCUGGUUGCACAUGGAAGGAUGAAGGAAAAAGAGGCCAGGGCUAAAUUUAGACAGAUUGUAUCGGCGGUGCAGUACUGCCAUCAGAAGCACAUUGUUCAUAGAGACCUCAAGGCUGAGAACCUGCUCCUAGACGCUGACAUGAACAUCAAAAUUGCUGACUUUGGCUUCAGCAAUGAGUUCACGCUGGGCAACAAGCUGGACACGUUCUGCGGCUCCCCGCCAUACGCAGCGCCGGAGCUGUUCCAGGGGAAGAAGUACGAUGGGCCGGAGGUGGACGUCUGGAGUCUGGGGGUCAUACUGUACACUCUGGUCAGCGGCUCGCUGCCAUUUGAUGGACAGAACCUCAAGGAGCUGCGGGAGCGUGUGCUCCGGGGGAAGUACCGCAUCCCUUUCUACAUGUCCACAGACUGCGAGAACCUCCUCAAACGCUUCUUGGUGCUCAACCCGGCCAAGCGUGGUACUCUCGAGCAAAUCAUGAAGGAUCGCUGGAUCAAUGCAGGAUUUGAGGAGGAUGAGCUGAAGCCUUACACUGAACCUGAGCUGGACAUCUCUGAUCAGAAGAGAAUAGAUGUGAUGGUGGGGAUGGGCUACAACCUGGAGGAGAUCCAGGACUCCCUGGCCAAGAUGAAGUAUGAUGAGAUCACAGCCACCUACCUGCUGCUGGGCAGGAAGGCCUCCGAGCUGGAGCCCAGCGACUCGGCCUCCAGCAGCAACCUGUCUCUGGCCAAGCCGAGGCCCAACAGCGAGCUCAACGGCCAGUCGCCCUCCCACCUCAAAGUCCAGAGGAGCAUCUCCUCCAACCACAAACAGAGACGUUAUAGCGAACAGGUUGGUCAGAACGUCGCUCCAGGGAUGGCUCAUCCAAAAAGGAGUCAGACCACCACAGCGGAGAACAACGUGAAGGAGGAAGGUGGAGUCCAGCUCCGUAAACCCAGCACCCCAGGGGGCCGCGGCGCUCCACCCUCCAGUCCUCUGCUGGGCAACGCUAACAACCCCAACAAGGCUGACAUCCCUGACCGCAGGAAAGGCGCCACCACAGGCCCGAGCAAUAUCACUGCAUCUGCUGGCAUGACCAGGAGGAACACGUAUGUCUGCAGUGACAGAAACAACACGGACCGCCUCGCCGUCAUUCCCAACGGCAAGGAGAACAGCAUGACUGAGAUGGCUUGUGCCACUAGCCCCUCCUCUGCCUUGUCCAGUUCGGUGCGGCUGAGGUAUCAAACCGUCAGCCCUUUGUACGCUUGCCAGACAGGCUGGGCCACGCUGCCCCACUCCUACUACGUGUUGGACUACUGCUCGCCCAACCAUAAACUGGAGGACCUCUUGGCUCUGCUGCAGACAUUUGCCAUAACAAACUCUCUCAACUCUGUUCCUGGUCUCUUCUCUAUCCUCUGCUCAGCGCAGCUGAGAGACCGCCGCACGGCCACGUACAACGGGCCGCCGGCCUCGCCCACCCUCUCCCACGAUGCCGCCCCUCUCUCCCAGACCCGCAGCCGUGGAACCAGCAACCUGUUCUCCAAACUCACCUCCAAACUCACCCGCAGAAACAUGUCAUUCAGGUUUACCAAAAGAGUCUCAACCGAGUUUGAGAGAAACGGGAGACUUGAGGGCUCAAGUCGCCAUGUACCUGGGGAUCAAAAAGGAGAAAAUAAAGACGGUAAACCCCGCUCCCUCAGAUUCACUUGGAGUAUGAGGACCACCAGCUCCAUGGAGCCUUGCGAUAUCAUGCGGGAGAUUCGCAAAGUGCUCGAUGCCAACAACUGCGACUACGAACAGCAAGAGAGUUUCCUGCUUCUUUGCGUCCAUGGGGAUGAGCAAGCCGAAAACCUGGUCCAAUGGGAGAUGGAGGUGUGCAAACUGCCCCGCCUCUCGCUCAACGGCGUCAGGUUCAAACGGAUAUCCGGAUCAUCCAUCGCUUUCAAAAACAUUGCUUCCAAAGUUGCCAACGAGUAAGCU